UUCUUACUCAUGUCUUUCUCUCUUACCAUGUAAGGUUUCUACAAGUAUGUCCCAAUUUUGUUAGUUAUAUAUGUAAUAGCUUAUUGAGGACAUGCAGAAAGCAAAGGAAGAGAUGGAAAAACUGAAAGGGGAGGCACAAGCCAACAAGGAUCACAUGCUGGAGUAUAAAGAAAUAGCACAAGUGAAUGAAGUUGCAUUGAAGCAAAUUAAAUCUGCUCAUGAAAAAUUCAAGGCUGAGGUUGACAAGCUAAAGAAGUUAUUGGAAGAUGAAAUUCACUUUCUCAAGGGAAGGGUUUCAGAACUUGAAAGUGAUCUUGUGUUAAAGUCCACAGAAGUUACAUCUGCGGUUUCAGGGAAAGAAGAAGCUCUAUCUUCUUAUGAUAGGUUGAGCAAAGUGAAGUAUUGUUUAUUUAGAAAUGUGAAUGUGGGAUGCAUUAUAUGAUUUGAUUACUAUUUGUAAUAAAUGCAUUAUUUUUUUCCUGAUUGCAUUUUAUGUACUAUUCCUAUCAGCAUUAAGCUUAGAUGAGUUAUCAAUCACAGCAGG